CAUUCCAACGAAACCCCAUAAAACUUUUGAAAAUUACACAUUCACCCCAUCCUCACUCUUUAGAUCUCACCUUCAAGAAACUCUCAGCUCCAAACUCCCAAGUAACAGUCACAGCCCAUCACAGACGUUUGCUCCACCAUCCCCAAGAAUCCAACUGAAUGGCCGCUUCGCGCAGGAAAGGCAAGUUCCUGUUUGUAUUAAGUGUGUGUUUGCUGUUUUCCGAUUCGUUUUAUUCCCCAUGUUUUUCGUGCCUUAAUGUUCUUGCAUCAGACAUAGACCCAUCUCCGAAUUCGAACUCAGUAAUCGAAACAGACAGUAGAAAUGGCAAUAAUUUUAAGGAAAAAUCACUUGACAAAGAAAGCGAGAAUCCCGAUGUUGUUUUGCUGAAAAAACAGCAGUUUCAAUUGGAAAAGCUUGAAGAGUUAGUUAAAAAUCUGACCCAGCUUGUUGAUAAGUUGGAAUCCCGGUUUACUGGGGCUCUGGAGAAAGUAAAUACGUUGCCUUUAUCGUCAUCCCAUGAUGAAACAAGGGAUGCUGAGAGAAGAAGAGAAGAGCCGAGGACUCCUAGUGAAGAAGGGGAGGAGCAGGAGCAUGGAAAGGGGGUGAAGGGAGGAGCAGGAAGAGGGGGAGGGGAGGGGCCGGUGUUAGUGAAAAAGUACAAUACAUUUUGGUCGGAGAGGUUUCAGUUUGUGUCAGCAGUGAAGUUGAGAUCCAGCCCGACUUGCUUUAAUGUGUUGCCAUAUAGGGAUUUUGAGGGUUUCAGUAAAUAUUUCGCGGUUGGGGAUGAUACUGGUAAGUUGUAUGUGUUUUUGAGGAGUGGGGAUGUUGCACUGGAAUUUGACACAUUCUUGGAGUCGGAGGGAUGGUCGCCCGUUACUGCUAUGGUGUCUUACUUGUCGGUUUACAAGAAUGAGAGCAUAAUCAUCACUGGACAUGAAAAUGGCAUUGUUUUGAUGCUCCGGGUUUGGGAGACGUUAACUGGUGACGAAUGGAGUUCGCUCCACGUGGAGAGAGUCAGGAAAUUUGAUAUGCCCGAGUCUGGGGGUUCACAGAUUAACAUAUUAGAAGUGCACCAUGUUGGUAGGAAACGAUAUAUUUUGGCAACCGAUGCUGGUGGUAAAAUUGUUGUUUUCAGGGAGAAUGGGACAGUAUAUGGGACAGUUACUCCCAGUCGACCGCCGAUUGCUUUCUUGAAGCAAAGGCUUUUGUUUCUGACGGAGACUGGAGCAGGGUCUUUGGAUUUGAGGACGAUGAAACUGAGGGAGUCUGAAUGUGAAGGGUUUAACAGUUCUUCUGCGAAGAAUUAUGUUUUUGAUGCCACGGACCGAUCAAAGGCGUAUGGAUUCACAUUAGAAGGUGAGUUGAUCCAAACAUUGUUGUUAGGGGAUAUAAUGAAUUUCAAGUGUCGGGUUCGAUCAAAGAGGAAGCUGGAUAUUGACAAACCUAUGGCUUUACAUGCAAUCAAAGGUUAUCUGCUGAUUGCUAACAGGGAGAAGGUCGUUGUGUACAAUGUAUCAUCUCAGCAUUAUGUUAGGUCUGGUGGUGUCAGGCUUGUGUUCUCUGCCGGCCUUGAUGAGAUUAUAGCAUCUUUUUUACAUCAGCAAGCGUCUGAUGUAGAGGAUGAGAAGAGAAUGCAAACACCUUUAAUUGCGAGCGACUACGAGAAGCUAGUUAUUGUUAGUCUUGGGAACGGCUAUGUGGCAAUGUAUCGGUCCAAGCUUCCGGUUUUUAAGAAUGAGUUCAACAGCAUCUUGUGGACGAGUCCGGUUCUGUUUUUCAUUCUUUUCCUCUUUGGAGCAUGGCAUUUUUUCGCUAAUAAGAAGGAAGUUCUUACUUCUUGGGGUCCUGAUGACCCAUUCAGUUCUGCAUCCGUCACAGGUGGAGCACCACUGGGUUCUGGCAGCGGCGACAGGUCUUUUACUGAUACUUCAAGAACGUCUGAUAUUAUGGACCUAAGAGGCAGUGGUUUGAGAGGUCCUUCUAGGUAUGUCUCUCCACCAAGAUUUCCUGGUGGCACAGCCAAUUCUUAUAGGCCAGGACCCGAUGCGGACUCUAGACCUGCUCCUGUUGACCCCCGAUUUAGAGCAACUUCAGAGUUGAAAUUUAGGGGGUCCAAUGUUGAGUCUGCGGGCGUCCCCAAGAGAAGGGAAAGCCUUUUCGGAAAUAGUCAAGUUGUUGAUGAUAGCAAUUAACGCGUGCAUGUUGCAUGUUGUACUCUAAUCACUAUGUUUACCUGUCAACUAGGUUCUAGCUAGUUGAUUUUGUAACAUUAUAGCGAAAAACAAAUAAUCAAGAAAUCCAAAGCAGUUGUCAUAGAACACGUUGAGGUUCUGAUUUUGUUACAAAAUGCAGUAACGGGUUCUCACAUAAAA